GAGCGGGGCGCUGGUCAUUCCGGUGAAGUGUCAGAGUCCGUGAUACAGCGGGUCUCUCUCACAGCUCCGUCUUCGGCUCUUUGCGCUUCAUCGCGGCGGGAAAUGUCUGACGGUGGCGGAGGAGAGGACGGCGGCGGCGGGAUGGAGGUCUCUGCCGCCGUGCAGACGGUAGCGGACGCGUCGGUUCUGCAGAAACACUUCCGAAAGCUGGUGCCGCUGCUGCUGGAAGAUGGCGGCGACGCUCCCGCUUCUCUAGAGACCGCGCUGGAGGAGAAGAGCGCGCUGGAGCAGAUGAGGAAGUUCCUCUCGGAUCCUCAGAUUCACUCGAUCCUGGUGGAGCGGAGCGCGCUGAAAGAGGAUGUUGGUGAUGAAGGCGAGGAGGAGCGCGAGUGCAUUUCCUACAGCAUCAGCAUCGACAUCCACUACGGGCUCAAAUCAAACAGCCUGGCCCUGAUCAAGCGGACCGGAGUGAUUGAUGCGGACAAACCCAUCUCCACUCAGGUGCGAGUUCUGACUCUGAGCGAAGACUCUCCGUAUGAGACGCUGCACUCCUUCAUCAGCAAUGCUGUGUCUCCGUACUUCAAAUCCUACAUCCGAGAGUCUGGCAAAGCCGACAGGGAUGGAGAUAAGAUGGCCCCUUCGGUGGAGAAGAAGAUCGCGGAGCUGGAGAUGGGCUUACUGCACCUGCAGCAGAACAUCGAGAUCCCCGAGAUCAGCCUGCUCAUCCACCCCAUCAUCACCAACGUGGCCAAGCAGUGCUACGAGCGCGCAGAGAAGCCCAAGGUCACAGACUUCGGGGAUAAAGUGGAGGAUCCCAGCUUCCUGAACCAGCUGCAGUCUGGAGUCAACCGCUGGAUCCGGGAGAUACAGAAGGUGACUAAACUGGACCGAGACCCUGCGUCUGGAACGGCUCUGCAGGAGAUCAGCUUCUGGCUGAACCUGGAGCGAGCCCUGAACCGCAUCCAGGAGAAGAGGGAGAGUCCGGAGGUGCUGCUGACGCUCGACAUCCUCAAACACGGCAAACGCUUCCACGCCACGGUCAGCUUCGACACCGACACAGGCCUGAAGCAGGCUGUGGAGACGGUGAACGACUACAACCCUCUGAUGAAGGACUUUCCCCUCAACGAUCUCCUGUCAGCCACUGAGCUCGACAAGAUCCGUCAGGCGCUGGUGGCCAUCUUCAAUCACCUGCGCAAGAUCCGGAACACCAAGUACCCCAUCCAGCGUGCGCUGCGUCUGGUGGAGGCCAUCUCCAGAGACCUGAGCUCUCAGCUGCUCAAAGUGCUGGGCACUCGCAAGCUCAUGCACGUGGCGUACGAGGAGUUUGAGAAGGUGAUGGUGGCGUGUUUCGAGGUCUUCCAGACGUGGGAGGACGAGUACGAGAAGCUGCAGGUGCUCCUGAGGGACAUUGUGAAGAGGAAGAGGGAGGAGAACCUGAAGAUGGUGUGGCGUCUCAGUCCGGCCCACCGGAAGCUCCAGGCCCGCUUGGACCACAUGCGGCGCUUCAGACGGCAACACGAGCAGCUGAGAGCCGUCAUCGUUCGUGUGCUCAGACCUCAGGUGUCCGCCGUGUCCCAGCAUGCUCAGGGAAAGACGGCCGAGCCCGACGAUAUGAAGGUGGCCGAGGUGCUCUUCGAUGCCGCAGACGUCAACGCCAUCGAGGAAGUCAAUCUGGCCUACGAAAACGUGAAGGAAGUGGACGGACUGGAUGUCUCGAAGGAGGGAGUGGAGGCCUGGGAAGCGGCCAUGAAGCGCUACGACGAGCGCAUCGACCGCGUGGAGACACGCAUCACAGCACGCCUGCGAGACCAGCUGGGCACCGCCAAGAACGCCAACGAGAUGUUCCGCAUCUUCUCCCGCUUCAACGCCCUGUUCGUGCGGCCGCACAUCCGCGGAGCCAUCCGAGAGUACCAGACGCAGCUCAUCCAGCGCGUCAAAGACGACAUCGAGGCUCUGCACGACAAGUUCAAGGUGCAGUAUCCUCAGAGCCAGUCGUGCAAGAUGAGCCACGUGCGAGACCUGCCUCCCGUCUCCGGCUCCAUCAUCUGGGCCAAGCAGAUCGACCGGCAGCUGACGGCCUACAUGAAGCGCGUGGAAGACGUCCUCGGGAAGGGCUGGGAAAACCACGUGGAGGGUCUGAAGCUCAAGCAGGACGGCGACAGCUUCCGCGCCAAGCUCAACACGCAGGAGAUCUUCGACGACUGGGCAAAGAAGGUGCAGCAGCGCAACCUGGGCGUGUCGGGCCGCAUCUUCACCAUCGAGAACACGCGCGCCCGCGGACGCACCGGCACCGUGCUCAAGCUCAAGGUCAACUUCCUGCCCGAGAUCAUCACGCUCUCCAAAGAGGUGCGCAACCUGAAGUGGCUGAGCUUCCGCGUGCCGCUGGCCAUCGUCAACAAAGCCCAUCAGGCCAAUCAGCUGUAUCCCUUCGCCAUCUCGCUCAUCGAGAGCGUCCGCACCUACGAGCGCACCUGCGAGAAGGUGGAGGAGAGGAUGUCCAUCUCGCUGCUGGUGGCUGGCCUGAAGAAGGAGGUGCAGGCGCUCGUCACCGAGGGCAUCUCUCUGGUCUGGGAGUCCUACAAACUCGACCCGUACGUCCAGCGUCUGGCCGAAACCGUCUUCAACUUCCAAGAAAAGGUGGAUGAUCUUCUUCUGCUCGAGGAGAAGAUUGAUCUGGAGGUGCGCUCGCUGGAAACCUGCAUGUACGAGAAUAAGAUGUUCACGGAGAUCCUCAGCCGCAUCCAGAAGGCUGUGGACGACCUGAACCUGCACUCGUACUCCAACCUGCCCAUCUGGGUCAAUAAACUGGACAUCGAGAUCGAGCGCAUCCUCGGGGUGCGUCUGCAGGCCGGACUCAAAGCCUGGACGCAGGUUCUCAUGGGACAGAUGGAGGACAAGGCUGAUGUGGACAUGGACACCGAGGCUCCUCAAGUUAGUCACAAGCCCGGAGGAGAUCCCAAGAUUAAGAAUGUCAUCCAUGAAUUGAGGAUCACGAACCAGGUGAUCUAUCUGAACCCGCCGAUCGAAGACUGCCGCUACAGGCUUUACCAGGAGAUGUUUGCUUGGAAGAUGGUCAUUCUGUCUCUACCCAGAAUCCAGAGUCAGAGAUAUCAGGUCGGCGUUCACUACGAGUUAUCAGAAGAGGAGAAGUUCUACAGGAACGCUCUGACCAGGAUGCCUGAUGGUCCGUCUGCGCUGGAAGAAGCUUAUAAUGCAGUGAAGGAGAUCGUGUCCGAGGUGGAGCAGUACGUCAAGGUAGUGCCUUUACAAGCGUCUCUUUUUCUCACACAUCAUUUAGAGAUCAAACUGUAUGUUGAAGAUUCUACUCUUGUUAACGCGUGUCGUGUCCGUGUUGUUCGUCAGGUGGCUCUGGAGGAGCUGCAGGAUCUGAAGGGUGUUUGGUCGGAGCUGUCGAAGGUCUGGGAGCAGAUCGAUCAGAUGAAGGAGCAGCCGUGGGUCUCUGUGCAGCCGCGUAAGCUGCGCCAGAGUCUGGACGCUCUCCUCAACCAGCUGAAGAACUUCCCCGCCCGUCUGCGGCAGUACGCCUCCUACGAGUACGUGCAGAGACUGCUCAAGGGGUACAUGAAGGUGAACAUGCUGGUGAUCGAGCUGAAGUCGGAGGCGCUGAAGGACCGGCACUGGAAGCAGCUGAUGAAGCGUCUGCAUGUGAACUGGGUUCUGUCCGAGCUGAGUCUGGGUCAGAUCUGGGACGUGGACCUGCAGAAGAACGAGAUGGUGGUGAAGGACGUGCUGCUGGUGGCGCAGGGAGAGAUGGCUCUCGAGGAGUUCCUCAAGCAGCUGAAACCCCUGAUGAAGAAGGUGACCAAGCCUCCUCUGGUCAUGGACGUCCUGAACAUUCAGGGGGUUCAGAGGUCGCUGGAGAGACUCGCUGACCUGCUGGGAAAGAUCCAGAAAGCACUGGGAGAAUAUCUGGAGAGAGAGCGCUCGUCUUUCCCCAGGUUCUACUUUGUUGGUGAUGAAGAUCUGCUGGAGAUCAUCGGCAACAGUAAGAAUGUGGCCAAACUGCAGAAACACUUCAAGAAAAUGUUCGCUGGAGUUUCGAGCAUCCUGCUGAACGAGGACAACACGGAGGUGCUGGGCAUCUCGUCCCGAGAGGGAGAGGAGGUGCUCUAUAAGACGCCGGUGUCCAUCACGGAGCAUCCGAAGAUCAACGAGUGGCUGACGCUGGUGGAGCGUGAGAUGCGGGUGACGCUGGCUAAGCUGCUGGCUGAGUCCGUCACGGAGGUGGGCGCAUUCAACAAGAGCACGGGCAUCGACCUGAGCACCUACAUCAACUGGAUCGACCGAUACCAGGCCCAGCUGGUGGUUCUGUCCACUCAGAUCGACUGGUCUGAGAACGUGGAGAGCGCUCUGACCACCAUUGGCGGCGGGGAAGACAUGGGUCCGCUGCAGGCCGUGCUGGCCAACGUGAAGGCGACGCUCAACCUGCUGGCCGACACGGUUCUGAUGGAGCAGCCGCCGCUGCGCAGGAAGAAGCUGGAGCACCUGAUCACAGAGUUGGUGCACCAGAGAGACGUGACCAGAACUCUGAUCAAGAACAAGAUCGACAACCCCAAAUCCUUCGAGUGGCUCAGCCAGAUGCGCUUCUACUUCGACCCCAAGCAGACCGACGUCCUCCAGCAGCUCUCCAUUCAGAUGGCCAACGCUAAGUUCAACUACGGCUUCGAGUACCUGGGUGUGCAGGAGAAGCUGGUGCAGACGCCACUGACCGACCGCUGCUACCUGACCAUGACGCAGGCGCUGGAGGCCCGUCUGGGAGGAUCGCCCUUCGGUCCUGCUGGAACGGGGAAGACCGAGUCUGUCAAAGCUCUGGGUCACCAGCUGGGCCGCUUCGUCCUGGUCUUCAACUGUGACGAGACCUUUGACUUCCAGGCGAUGGGCCGCAUCUUUGUGGGUCUGUGUCAGGUGGGCGCCUGGGGCUGCUUCGACGAGUUCAACCGUCUGGAGGAGCGCAUGCUGUCUGCCGUGUCUCAGCAGGUCCAGUACAUCCAGGUGGCGCUGAGAGAACACAGCAACCCCAACCGAGACCGCAGUGUGCCCGUCACCACAGAGCUGCUGAACAAACAGGUGAAGGUGAGUGCUGAGAUGGCCAUCUUCAUCACCAUGAACCCCGGUUACGCCGGACGCUCCAACCUGCCCGAUAACCUCAAGAAGCUCUUCAGGAGUCUGGCCAUGACCAAACCGGACCGGCAGCUGAUCGCUCAGGUCAUGCUGUACUCGCAGGGCUUCCGCACCGCUGAGAUCCUCGCCAAGAAGAUCGUCCCGUUCUUUAAGUUGUGUGACGAGCAGCUGUCGUCUCAGUCUCACUAUGACUUCGGUCUGCGAGCGCUCAAGAGCGUGCUGAUCAGCGCCGGGAACGUCAAGAGAGAACGCAUCCAGAAGAUCAAGAGAGAGAAGCGUGAGCGCGGCGAGGACGUGGAUGAGAACGAGAUCGCAGAGAACCUUCCGGAGCAGGAGAUUCUGAUCCAGAGCGUGUGUGAGACCAUGGUGCCGAAGCUGGUGGCCGAGGACAUCCCGCUGCUCUUCAGCCUGCUCUCUGACGUGUUCCCCGGCGUCCAGUACAUGCGCGGAGAGAUGACGGCGCUGCGAGAGGAGCUGAGGAAGGUCUGCGCUGAGAUGUACCUCACAUACGGAGACGGAGACGACGUGGGCAGCAUGUGGGUGGAGAAGGUGCUGCAGCUCUAUCAGAUCACGCAGAUCAAUCACGGGCUGAUGAUGGUCGGUCCGUCGGGGAGCGGGAAGACCAUGGCCUGGAGAGUCCUGCUCAAAGCCCUGGAGAGGCUGGAGGGUUUGGAGGGCGUCGCUCACAUCAUCGACCCCAAAGCCAUCAGCAAAGACCACCUGUACGGCACGCUGGACCCCAACACUCGCGAGUGGACCGACGGGCUCUUCACACACGUGCUCAGAAAGAUCAUCGAUAACGUUCGCGGAGAGCUGCAGAAGCGGCAGUGGAUCAUCUUCGACGGUGACGUGGAUCCGGAGUGGGUGGAGAAUCUGAACUCUGUGCUGGACGACAACAAACUCCUGACUCUUCCCAACGGAGAGCGUCUCAGCCUGCCGCCCAAUGUGCGCAUCAUGUUUGAGGUGCAGGACCUGAAGUACGCCACACUGGCCACAGUGUCUCGCUGUGGGAUGGUCUGGUUCAGCGAGGACGUUCUCAGCACAGACAUGAUCUUCAACAACUUCCUGGCACGUCUGCGGAGCAUCCCGCUGGAUGAGGGAGAGGAUGAGGCCCAGCGCAUGAGGAAGGCCACGGAGGACGAGGGCGAGGAGGCCGCCUCACCCAUGCUGCAGAUCCAGAGAGACGCUGCUGCGAUACUGCAGCCGUAUUUCACCUCCACCGGUCUGGUCAUCAAAGCUCUGGAACACGCGUCAAAGAUGGAGCACAUCAUGGACUUCACGCGUCUGCGCUCGCUGAGUUCGCUCUUCUCCAUGCUGCAUCAGGCCUGCCGCAACGUGGCCCUCUACAACAACAACCACCCUGAUUUCCCCAUGCCCAUCGACCAGCUGGAGAAAUACAUGCAGAAAUACCUCAUCUACGCAGUGCUGUGGUCCUUCUCGGGCGACAGCAGGCUGAAGAUGCGAGCGGAGCUGGGAGAAUACAUUCGCCGCAUCACCACCGUGUCUCUCCCGUCCGCGCCGAACGUGCCGAUCAUCGACUACGAGGUGUCCAUCACGGGCGAGUGGCAGUCCUGGCAGGUGAAGGUGCCUCAGAUCGAGGUGGAGACGCACAAGGUGGCCUCGCCGGACGUGGUGGUGCCCACUCUGGACACGGUGCGUCACGAGGCUCUGCUCUACACCUGGCUGGCCGAACACAAGCCUCUGGUGCUCUGUGGGCCGCCGGGCUCCGGGAAAACCAUGACCCUGUUCAGUGCCCUGAGAGCCCUGCCGGACAUGGAGGUGGUGGGUUUGAACUUCUCCAGCGCUACGACUCCGGAGCUGCUGCUGAAGACCUUCGAUCAUUACUGCGAGUACCGCAGGACUCCUAACGGCGUGGUUCUGGCUCCGGUGCAGCUGGGCAAGUGGCUGGUGCUCUUCUGCGACGAGAUCAACCUGCCUGACAUGGACAAGUACGGCACGCAGCGGGUCAUCUCCUUCAUCAGACAGAUGGUGGAGCACGGCGGCUUCUACCGCACCUCAGACCAGACCUGGGUGAAGCUGGAGCGGAUCCAGUUCGUCGGGGCCUGUAACCCUCCCACAGACCCCGGCAGGAAGCCGCUCUCAUACAGGUUUUUGCGUCACGUGCCGGUGGUGUAUGUGGACUAUCCCGGCCCCGCCUCGCUCACGCAGAUCUACGGCACCUUCAACAGAGCCAUGCUCAGACUCAUCCCGUCACUGCGGACCUUUGCUGAGCCGCUCACGGCGGCCAUGGUCGAGUUCUACACCAUGUCUCAGGAGCGGUUCACUCAGGACACGCAGCCGCACUACAUCUACUCUCCGAGAGAGAUGACCCGCUGGGUCCGAGGCAUCUUUGAGGCGCUGCGGCCGCUGGAGACGCUGCCUGUGGAGGGUCUGAUUCGCAUCUGGGCUCACGAAGCACUGCGACUCUUCCAGGACCGAUUGGUGGAGGAUGAGGAGAGACGCUGGACCGAUGAGAACAUACACAUGGUCGCCCUCAAACACUUUCCUAACAUCGACCGUGACAAAGCCCUUAACAGACCCAUCCUGUACAGCAACUGGCUCUCCAAGGACUACGUUCCCGUGGAGCAGGAGGAGCUGCGCAACUAUGUGAAGGCCAGACUGAAGGUGUUCUACGAGGAGGAGCUGGACGUUCCUCUGGUGCUCUUCAAUGAGGUUCUGGAUCACGUGCUGAGGAUCGACAGAAUCUUCCGUCAGCCGCAGGGUCACCUGCUCCUGAUCGGCGUCAGCGGCGCUGGAAAGACCACGCUCUCCCGCUUCGUGGCCUGGAUGAACGGACUGACUGUCUAUCAGAUCAAGGUCCACAGGAAAUACACCGGCGAGGACUUUGAUGAAGACCUGCGGACAGUGCUCCGCCGCUCUGGCUGCAAGAACGAGAAGAUCGCCUUCAUCAUGGACGAGUCGAACGUGCUGGACUCAGGCUUCCUGGAGCGCAUGAACACGCUGCUGGCCAACGGAGAGGUGCCCGGCCUGUUCGAGGGCGACGAAUACGCCACCCUGAUGACGCAGUGCAAGGAAGGAGCGCAGAAGGAGGGCUUGAUGCUGGACACACAUGAGGAGCUGUACAAAUGGUUCACCAGUCAGGUGAUCAGGAACCUGCACGUGGUGUUCACCAUGAACCCGUCAUCGGAGGGGCUGAAGGACAGAGCGGCCACCUCACCUGCCCUCUUCAACAGGUGUGUGCUCAACUGGUUUGGCGAUUGGUCCACUGAAGCGCUCUAUCAGGUGGGUAAAGAGUUCACCAGCAAGAUGGACCUGGAGAAGCCCAACUACAAAGUGCCGGACUACAUGCCCACCGUGUAUGACAAGCUGCCGCAGCUGCCCACACACCGCGAGGCUAUCGUCAACGGCUGCGUGUUCGUGCAUCAGACGCUGCACCAGGCUAACAACCGUCUGGCGAAGCGCGGCGGCCGCACUAUGGCCAUCACCCCGCGCCACUACCUGGACUUCAUCAACCACUACGCUAACCUGUUCAACGAGAAGCGCAGCGAGCUGGAGGAGCAGCAGAUGCAUCUGAACGUGGGUCUGCGCAAAAUCAAAGAGACCGUCGAUCAGGUGGAGGAGCUGCGGCGCGACCUGCGGAUCAAGAGUCAGGAGCUGGAGGUCAAGAACGCUGCUGCCAACGACAAGCUGAAGAAGAUGGUGAAAGACCAGCAGGAGGCCGAGAAGAAGAAGGUCAUGAGUCAGGAUAUACAGGAAGCGGUUUACAAGCAGCAGGAAGUGAUUAAAGUCAAGCAGCUGAGCGUGAAGCAGGAUUUGGACCAGGUGGAGCCGGCCGUCAUCGAGGCUCAGAACGCGGUCAGCUCGAUUAAGAAGCAGCAUCUGGUUGAGGUUCGCGCUAUGGCCAACCCUCCGGCAGCCGUUAAACUGGCUCUAGAGUCGAUCUGCCUCCUGCUGGGGGAGGAAACUAGUGACUGGAAAAAGAUCAGACAAGUUAUUAUCAGAGACAAUUUCAUCUCCAGCAUAGUCAACUUUGUCUCUGAGGACACGAGUGACUCCAUCCGUGAGAAGAUGAAGAAGAACUACAUGUCCAACCCCAGCUACAACUACGAGCAGGUGAACCGGGCGUCUCUGGCCUGCGGGCCGAUGGUCAAGUGGGCCAUCGCUCAGCUGAAUUACGCAGACAUGCUGAAGCGGGUCGAGCCGCUGAGGAACGAGCUGCAGAAGCUGGAGGACGACGCUAAAGACAACAAGACGAAGGCCGAGGAGGUGGAGCAGAUGAUCCGGGAUCUGGAGAACAGCAUCGCACGCUAUAAGGAGGAGUACGCCGUGCUCAUCUCUGAAGCGCAGGCCAUCAAAGCUGAUCUGGCUGCUGUGGAGGCGAAGGUGAACCGCAGCACAGCCCUGCUGAAGAGUUUAUCUGCUGAGAGAGAGCGAUGGGAAAAGACCAGCGAGACCUUCAAGAACCAGAUGUCCACCAUCGCUGGAGACUGUCUGCUCUCCGCCGCCUUCAUCGCUUACGCUGGUUACUUUGACCAGCAGAUGAGACAGAACCUCUUCACCACCUGGUCCCAUCACCUCCAGCAGGCCAACAUUCAGUUCCGCACGGACAUCGCCAGGACGGAGUAUCUCUCCAAUGCGGACGAGAGGCUGCGCUGGCAGGCCAACUCACUGCCCGCUGACGACCUGUGCACCGAGAACGCCAUCAUGCUGAAGCGCUUCAACCGGUAUCCGCUCAUCAUUGACCCAUCAGGUCAGGCCACGGAGUUCAUCUUGAACGAAUAUAAAGACAAAAAGAUCACCCGCACCAGCUUUUUGGACGAUGCCUUCAGGAAGAAUUUGGAGAGCGCUCUGAGAUUCGGCAACCCUCUGCUGGUGCAGGACGUGGAGAGCUACGACCCAAUACUGAACCCGGUGCUCAACCGAGAGGUGCGCAGGACCGGCGGCCGAGUGCUCAUCACGCUCGGAGAUCAGGACAUCGAUCUGUCUCCUUCCUUCGUCAUCUUCCUCUCCACACGAGACCCCACGGUGGAGUUCCCUCCUGACCUUUGCUCGCGUGUGACCUUCGUGAACUUCACGGUGACCCGCAGCAGCCUGCAGAGCCAGUGUCUCAAUGAGGUCCUGAAGGCCGAGCGUCCGGACGUGGACGAGAAGCGAUCGGACCUGCUGAAGCUGCAGGGUGAGUUCCAGCUGCGUCUGCGUCAGCUGGAGAAAUCACUGCUGCAGGCCCUGAACGAGGUCAAGGGUCGCAUCCUGGACGACGACACCAUCAUCACCACCCUGGAGAACCUGAAGAAGGAGGCGGCGGAGGUGACCAGGAAAGUGGAAGAAACGGACAUAGUCAUGCAGGAAGUGGAGACGGUGUCUCAGCAGUAUCUGUCUCUGUCCUCGGCCUGCAGCAGCAUCUACUUCACCAUGGAGGCUCUGAACCAGAUGCACUUCCUGUAUCAGUACUCGCUGCAGUUAUUCCUGGACAUCUACCACACUGUGUUAUACGAGAACUCCAACCUGAAGAGCGUUAGCGACCACACACAGCGUCUGUCUCACAUCACCAAAGACCUGUUCCAGGUGGCGUUUAACAGAGUCGCUCGAGGCAUGCUGCAUCAGGAUCACGUCACAUUUGCCAUGCUGCUCUCACGAAUCAACCUGAAGGGCAUGACCAGCGAGCCGUCAUUCGACGCAGAGUUCCAGCACUUCUUGCGUGGGAAAGAGAUCGUGCUGAGUGGGACGACCAUGCCGAAAGUCAAGGGUUUGAGCAGCGAGCAGUCCGAGGCCAUGGUGCGCCUCAGCCGUCUGCCUGCGUUUAAAGACCUGGUGUCCAAAGUGCAGGCGGACGAGCAAUUCUUCAUGUGGAUCGAGAGCAACUCGCCGGAGCUGUCAGUGCCGUACCUGUGGACCGAAGAGAAGACGUCCACUCCGAUCGGUCAGGCCGUCCACCAGCUGCUGCUGAUCCAGGCGUUCAGACCCGACCGUCUGCUGGCCAUGACACACAUCUUCGUGUCUAAAGUCAUGGGAGAAACCUUCAUGGCCAUCAUGGAACAGCCGCUUGACCUGGCCAACAUCGUGGACAGUGAGGUGAAGCCGGGGACGCCGGUGCUGAUGUGCUCCGUGCCCGGAUACGAUGCCAGCGGAUUGGUGCGGGAUCUCGCAGCUGAGCAGAACAAACACAUCACCUCCAUUUCCAUCGGUUCUGCCGAAGGCUUCAAUAAAGCUGACAGAGACAUCAACACAGCGGUGAAGUCCGGCAGGUGGGUGAUGCUGGAGAACGUUCAUUUGGCUCCCGGUUGGCUGAUGCAGCUGGAGAAGAAGCUUCACUCCAUGCAGCCGCAUGCCUGCUUCCGGCUCUUCCUCACCAUGGAGAUCAACCCCAAGGUCCCUGUGAACCUGCUGCGGGCCGGACGUAUCUUUGUGUUCGAGCCUCCUCCCGGGGUGAAGGCUAAUAUGCUGCGCACGUUCAGCAGUAUUCCUGUGGCGCGCAUGUGUAAGUCUCCAAAUGAAAGAGCUCGCUUGUACUUCCUCCUGGCCUGGUUCCACGCCGUCAUCCAGGAGCGCCUGCGUUACGCUCCACUGGGCUGGUCUAAGAAGUACGAGUUCGGAGAGUCGGAUCUGCGCUCGGCCUGCGACACGGUGGACACCUGGCUGGACGAUACGGCGAAGGGCCGGCAGAACAUCUCUCCGGAUAAGAUCCCGUGGGCGGCGCUGAGGACGCUGAUGGCCCAGUCCAUCUACGGAGGACGCAUCGACAACGAGUUCGACCAGCGGCUGCUCAACACCUUCCUGGAGCGUCUCUUCACCACCAGCAGCUUCGACAGCGAGUUCAAGCUGGCGCUCAAAGUGGACGGACACAAGGACAUCAAGAUGCCCGACGGGAUCCGGCGUGAGGAGUUCAUUCACUGGGUGGAGAUGCUGCCGGACACUCAGACUCCAUCAUGGCUGGGUCUGCCGAGUAACGCGGAGAAGGUCCUGCUCACUACUCAGGGCAUUGACAUGAUGGGGAAGCUGCUGAAAAUGCAGAUGUUGGAGGAUGAGGACGAUCUGGCGUACGAGACGGAGAAGAAGCAGCGCAGCACGUCCUCGUCUGACGCGCAGCCGGCCUGGAUGAGGACGCUUCACACCACGGCUCGUAACUGGCUGCAGCUGAUCCCGGAGUCUGUGAGCCCGCUCAAACGCACCGUGGAGAACAUCAAGGAUCCUCUGUUCCGGUUCUUCGAGCGCGAGGUGAAGAUGGGCUCGCGGAUGCUGCAGGACGUGCGUCAGGAUCUCACUGAUGUGGUGCAUGUGUGCGAGGGCAAGAAGAAGCAGACCAACGACCUGCGCACGCUCAUCAACGACCUGGUCAAAGGCAUCCUGCCCCGCAGCUGGAGCCGCUACACCGUCCCCGCAGCCAUGACCGUCAUCCAGUGGGUGGCAGACUUCAGCGAGCGGAUCAAGCAGCUGCAGCAGAUCUCGCAGGGAGCGGCUAGUGGCGGCGCUAAAGAGCUCAAGAACAUCCAUGUGAACCUGGGCGGUCUGUUCGUGCCGGAGGCCUACAUCACAGCCACGCGUCAGUAUGUGGCUCAGGUCAACAGCUGGUCUCUGGAGGAGCUGUGUCUGGAGGUGAACGUGACGUCUGCGCAGGGAGCGGCGCUGGACGCCUGCAGCUUCGGCAUCAGAGGUCUGAAGCUGCAGGGGGCCACCUGCGCCAACAACAAGCUCUCUCUGUCCACCAGCAUCUCCACUGAACUGCCGCUGACGCAGCUGCACUGGAUGAAGCAGAGCAACACCGAGAAGAGGAGCAUGGUCACGCUGCCCGUGUAUCUGAACUUCACACGCUCAGACCUCAUCUUCACCGUCGACUUCGACAUCGCCACCAAAGAAGACCCGCAUCACUUCUACGAGCGCGGAGUCGCCGUCCUCUGCACCGACUAGAUGCUGCUUAACCAGCCACUUAUCUUUACUAGUCAUUCCUGUUAGUGUAGUGAGCUAAACCAUAGCUUUGCAUGUCGUGUGUUUAACUGGGAAGGGUUUAGAGAGUCAGACGCACGUUGUGUUGGGGUUUCUGAGGCAGAUGUUUUAGAACAGAUGGGAUUGUGUGCGUUUUAGAUGGAAAAAUGGAAGUUGAUUCAAGUUUUGCAUGAUUGGUGGUUUCCAAUAAAGCUAAUUUAGAUGAAACGUUA